UUCAGUCCACUGCUUGGCGCAUCGAUCGCCCAUCCCACUCGAUCCCCUCGCAACUCGCAUCACAGAACUCCUAUUCUCUUGUUGGCUGAUCAACCAAGUUCUCGUCGUCUCGAUCGUCGAGAAUCUAUCGAUGGGGUCGUCGUUUAAGUCGGAGUGGGGGCCGGCGAUCUGCAUGGUGCUCAUCGAGCUGUUCACCACUGGGCAGCUGCUGCUCACCAAGGUGGUGGUCGACGCCGGCCUCAUGGUCUUCGCCCUCCUCACCUACCGCUUCUUCCUCGGCGCCGCCCUCGUUGUCCCUCUCGCCCUCAUCCUUGAGCCAGGGAGGUUCAAGGAGCUUACACUGAAGGCGUUCAUAUGGAUUUUCACCAGUGCACUUGUGGGAUUCACAGUUCCUGGUUUCGCCUACAUUGGCCUCGGAGACACAUCGCCAGGAUACGCGGUAAACUUCUAUAACAUCAUACCGAUUGCCGCCUUCAUCCUCGCGGUCAUUUUCAGGAAGGAGCCACUGGACAUGAGGAGCCUGGUGGGGAACAUCAAGGUCGUCGGAACCCUAGUCUGCGUUGGAGGAACGCUGGUGAUCAGCCUGUACAAGGGCAAGGUGCUGCACCUUUGGCCCACAAAUAUCAUCGGCUACCACCCGAAGCAAGCCGGAGCUGCUUUUGGUCACCACCAUGUGCGUGGAACCAUCUUGCUCAUCACCAGCAGCCUCAGCCUCGCCGUUUGGUACACAGUACAGGCUCAGAUGCUAAAAGUGUUCCCAUACAAGUACUGGUCCACUGUCGCUACAUGCUUCGUGGCGAGCAUCCAAACGGCUGUCGUGGGGGUUGCCAUGAACAGAGAGAAGGCAACAUGGGCGCUCAAAUGGAACAUGAGCUUGCUCACCAUUGUGUACUCGGCAAUACUCAACACUGCUGCCAAGUUUGUGAUGAUUUCGUGGGUCGUCACGCAGCGCGGGCCAACCUAUCCGGCCAUGUUUUGCGCCGUGACGGUGUUCUUCACUACUAUUCUCGACUCGUUGCUUCUCGGCCAUGAUCUGUCCGUUGGGAGUGUUCUAGGCAUGUUCAUGAUUCUAGCUGGGCUCUAUCUUUUUCUUUGGGGAAAGAGAAAAGAAUCGGUACCUUCGAGUGAAGAAAAUCCAAAGGAACAAAUGUUGUUUCAGAGUGGAGACAAGAAUGAUAAAUCAGUAGCUAAUGUAUGAUUAUUUCAUUUGGCAAUAUUACAAAAGGGACUAUUCAGAAGUUUGUGUAUACGAAAAACAGAGAAAAAAGGCCAAUAUUGUUUGUGAUGUCCUCAACCAUU